CGUCCUUACGGUUCGGUACAGCAGUCACCCAACAUCCUGUGUGUGUGUGUGUACCAGAGGCCGAGAGGGUAGGCUUCUCUCACUUCCAUCGCGCCUGCCUUUGGAAGUGGACGCUGAGGCGAAUCAUCGAGACCUCACUACAGGACGGGAUGCAGGCGAGGUGGAGUCUCACGCUGGCGCUGGCUGCCUUGGGGAGCGUCGCGUCACCCAGCCCGGUGCCGGAGCUCAACGAUAGGCCUAUCAUUGGCAUUCUGGCGCAGGAGAUGGACGCCAGUCUGGCCGCGGCGGUGCGCGGCGCCCCCUCGCCUCCCUCGGACGGCCGCCUGCGACGUUCCUUGGCGUCUCCGGCCGCGGCCUCGAGGGCCGCCGAGGACGCCACCAAGGUGACCGAGCCGCAGGGAGGCCUGCAGAACUACGAGUACCUCACCUUCGAGGAGGCCGACGAGCUUCAGAAGCCGGAGGUGGACAUCGUUCCGAACGCGGAGGCCGAGGAGAGGGCCCCCGCGGGCGCCAGCGUCCCCGCCCCUGGCCUCGCCGCCAUGACCACGUCUCCUGAGGCGCCGUUGUCCUCGACCCCGACGGAGUCGCCGAAGACCUACAUCGCCGCCUCGUACGUGAAGUUCGUGGAGGCCGCCGGCGCCAGGGUCGUCCCCAUCCUAGUCAACCAAGACCAAGAAUACUACGAGCGUCUCCUGUCAUCCAUCAACGGAGUGCUCUUCCCUGGCGGAGACGUAGCCAUCGACCAAACCAGCGGAUUCGGACGAGCCGGCAAACUCAUAUAUGACACGGCUGUGCAGAUGAACAAGGGCGGCGACGUGUUCCCUCUGUGGGGCACCUGCUUGGGCUUCGAACUCCUGAUGGGGCUGGCGGCCAAUGGCGAGGAGAUCAGGACGCGAUGCAUGGCUCAGAACUCGGCAGACCACGUCAAGCUCGAUCAUGACUACGCCGAGGGCCACCUGCUGCGCCACCUGCCCAAGACGCUGCUCAAGGCCCUCAUCACGAAGCCAGUCACAGCGAACUUUCACCACUACUGCGUCACGCCCAAAAACUUCAGCGACUACGGCGUGGACAAAGUGUACCGCCCCCUGGCCUACAGCUGCGACAAGAGGGGCGUGGAGUACGUGGCGGCGGCAGAGGGGAGGGACUACCCCUUCUUCGCCGUGCAGUUCCACCCUGAGAAAGCUCCUUACGAGUGGACAACGGCGCCCGGACACAACGAGAUCCCUCACACUCGAGACGCCGUUCGUCUCUCCGCUUUCAUGGCAGACGUCUUCGUAGGCAAAGCCCGCCGGAGCCGCCACCGCUUCGCCAACGCCACGGAGGAGGCAUCGUCCCUCAUCUACAACUUCCCCGCUUUGUACACCGGCUCCAACUCCCCGCUGGAACAGGUCUACGUUUUCUAAGUCUAGCUCCCCCCUUUCCCCCCUUCUAUCUUCGUCGAGUUGUCAUUUUUAUUCCUUUUAAUCUGGAUGUACGUAUAUUGUCUUUUCAUUUUAUCUGAAUGAUUGGCAGUAGAUUUAUAUUCUCUCUUUAUUUUUUUUAUUUUUCAUUCUCAUUACGACAGCAUGAAAUAAAUAUCAAUGUCAAAAUCUGGGGGGGAAAUGCUGCCAUGUAGAUCUUUUUUGACUUUCCAAAUGCAGUUUUGACGGCCGUAGAUGGCUGGUCUAUAUCGCCUACCUAAUAUUGCAGACAGUCUAUAUCAAAUUCCUUAACAGCUGUAUACAUCAAGCAAUAAAAUUGGCCAUUCUGUGUCACCAAAAUACACCGUGACUAACAGUUUAUAUAUGACAGUCUGUAUCAAUCAGGUUUCCUAAAUAAAGAAACAAAAAAGCUAAAA